UACCAUAGGGUGAAAUAGGUGAGAGUAUUUUGAUAUAUAAGAGAGCGAUGCUCCAACGGAUAUUCCAUAUUCAUUCUGAUCACUACCAUCACACAUCAGCAGACUUCCAAUACAGCAUCAAGCACAUCGUCUCAGCUCCUAUCUUCCGACCUAUACAACCAUCAAACAAUAUCACUUAAACCAACACCAACCAAACCCACCCACCUACCCAUAAUGCGCUCCUCAACCCUCGCCGCAACCCUCACCACCGCCUUCGCGGCCUCGGCCUCAGCGACAUGCCUCGUGCAAGCGCCCGCCGCGAUCGGGUUCCCGAUCAACUACGACAUCACGCCCUCGCGCAGCGACGCGGUCUCGUUCGAGAUCCCGGCGGGCAGCGUGGGCCCCUGCGCGCUCGUCGCCACCUUCCCGGCGGGCUACCCCAUCACAUCUACCGGGUCGGACCUCGUGAACGUGACGGCGCUGGACGGGCCCGCGGCGGGUUCCUUGGUUGGCGCGCUGCGCUUCCGCGCCGGCACUACGACCGUGAUUAACAGCUUCGCGUGCGCUGAUGUCAUGAGCUAUGAGCUCGCUAUCGCGCAGGGCGAGGGCGAGGUCGCGUUUAGUGAGGUUCAGGGCGCGGGCUUGUUUAUGGAGGUUGGGGACUGUUAGAUGGCUACCUAGGUACCUACCUGCUCGUAUAUAUAUAUAUAUAUAUAUAUAUACCUAGGCGCAUAGGCACAUGGGGACAAUAAGAAAAUGGUUUGGGGGUUUUGGGGGCGUGCGACCGGGUUUGAUAAACGGCUUUUCAGCAUUUGCAUUACGGGGCGGGUUGGGUAGGGCGUAGCAUUCUUGUCAUUCUCUCCUUAUAUAUUAGCGGUUCGGUUUAAGGAUUAGGGAGGGAACGGGUAGGGCCGCAAACACAUUCCAUAGCACGAUGGUUAAAACACAUUGAAAUAAAAAACGAUAUGUCUUCCGCCUUAUGACUUCAUAUUAUGAGAGUUCAAGUUGAAGAGGUGGUUUAGGUUAAGUAACUACCUACCGCUGUAAAUGUGUCUACCCCUAUCAUGCAUUAUGGCAUUCUUACUUCACUUCAUAGACUGCAGACUAGUCGUU